AUGAAUCCAACCAGCAGUAUACCUGCUGGCUCUAGCCUCUGGCAAGAGGCCCGGAAUGCUGAUGGACGCGUCUACUAUUACAAUGUCCAGACAAAAGUAACGCAGUGGGAAAAGCCAGCGGACCUGUUGACCCCUGUCGAACGUGCAUUGUCGAGACAGCCAUGGAAAGAAUAUACUGCAGAGGGUGGGAGGAAAUAUUGGUACAAUACUCAAACCAAGCAAAGUACUUGGGAAAUGCCAGAAGUUUAUAAAACCGCACUCGCGCAGGGUCCAACACAGCCAAGUGCCCCUGCACCAGUCGCUGGCGUUGCUCCCACAUUUGUCGCUGGUGGAACUACUUCAUUCCUUCCUUAUGGCCAGCACCAACGCGAUCGGGACGAUAAUGACCGCAGCGGACUUGACCGUCGUCAAGGCUAUAUGGGAAUGGAAGCAAAUGGUCUCGUGACUUCUCAGCAAACUGACCCAGAAUAUAGCUCUUUCGAAGAAGCCGAAAGCGUGUUUAUCAAGCUCCUACGACGAUGCAAUGUUCAACCUGACUGGUCUUGGGAGCAGGCAAUGCGAGCCACCAUAAAGGAUCCUCAGUAUCGUGCCUUGAAAGACCCUAAAGAUCGCAGAGCCGCUUUUGAUAAAUUUGCGGCCGAAGUACGCAUGCAGGAACGAGAUCGCGCAAAGGAGAGAUUCGCCAAGCUGCGCACAGAUUUCUACACAAUGCUGAAGAGCCACCCAGAAAUUAAACACUACAGCAGAUGGAAGAGUAUCCGACCAAUUAUAGAGGGUGAGACUAUUUUCAGAUCCACGAACGAUGAAAACGAGCGGCGCCAGCUUUUUGAAGAAUACAUUCUCGAUCUUAAGAAGGCACAUGUAGAGCAAGAAGCCGUCACCCGCAAAGCCGCCAUGGAUGAACUUGUGAACAUUCUGAAAGCGCUCGAGCUAGAACCAUAUGCCAGGUGGUCUGAAGUGCAAAAUGCCCUGCAGGCUAACGAAAGGAUUCAAAAUGACGAUAAGUUCAAAACCCUAAGCAAAUCGGACAUUCUGACCGCAUUCGAAAACCAUAUUAAAUCACUCGAAAGAACUUUCAAUGAUGCUCGCCAGCAGCACAAGGCUGCAAAGGCUCGGAGGGAACGCCAUAGCCGAGAGAAAUAUUUGGAGCUCCUCAAAGAAUUGCGCUCGCAAGGCAAGAUAAAAGCCGGGGCCAAGUGGAUGCAGAUUCACCCGCUGAUUCAAGAUGAUCCUCGGUAUGUAGCAAUGCUAGGCCAAAGUGGCUCUUCUCCUUUGGAUUUGUUUUGGGAUAUGGUUGAGGAGGAGGAGAGGGGGCUACGAGGACCGCGAAAUGAUGUCCUCGACGUUCUUGAUGAUAAACGUUAUGAAAUCACAACUAAAACCACAUAUGAAGAAUUUGCAUCUAUCAUGGCUACUGACCGCCGUACAGCCGACAUUGACACUGACAUUCUUCACCUCAUAUUUCAGCGUGCGCAGGAGAAAGCUCAGCGACGCUCUGAGGAUGAGAAACAUGCUGCUGAUCGUCACCAACGACGGGCUGUAGACGCCUUACGUUCUCGGAUCAAGCAUCUAGAGCCACCGGUACGACUAGGCGACACAUGGGAACAAGUUCAACCAAGGGUUGAAAAGUUCGAAGAGUAUACUGCCCUCGAAUCAGAAGACUUACGCCUCAGCGCAUUUGAGAAGUUUAUGCGUCGUUUGAAAGAAAAGGAAGAUGAUGCAGAGAGAGACCGAGACCGAGACCGCGGUUCUCGACGUGGUGAUCACCAUGAGCGUCCUGAUAGAGAUUCAAGGAAUGGUUCGUAUCGUUCUGAUCGCAGAGUGAGAUCUAGUCGAACACCCGACCCCGAUCCUUAUGAAGCAGAUCGUCGCAAAGCACAGGCAGAUCGUGAACGUUCUUACCGCAAAGUAAGCGGCCUGUCGCCAGUACGCGAAAGACGCGAUGACCGCGAUCGAACUCACGAUAAAGAACGCGAGAGAGACCGUGACCGUGAUCGACGCGGAGUCAGUCACUACGACCGCGAGCGCCGCAGCCGAGAAGAAGAGCGCGAACGACUCUACCGGACCCGUGGCGACCCACGUGGCAGUCGCGAUGAGUUGGACUAUGGUGGAGAUACGCGUAGCACAGUAAGUAGUGACCGUCGUCGUAGACGUGACAGCGAUGCAGAAAGUGUCGCCAGCCGCAGCGCCAAACGGUACAGACGUGACGAACGCGAGAAAGAGCGCUCUCGGGACCGCAGCCAUCGCGACCGAGAGUCGGGCCGUACUCCAGCUAUCGAAGAAGAGCCAAAGGCAGAGGAGAAAGCAGUCCAUUCCGGCAGCGAGGAGGGUGAAAUCGAGGAGGAUUGA